CAUAGUUCUCCACGCCGUUGGGUUGCUUUCACUACUGCUGGACGAGGCGUUCUACCCCAUCUUCCCGAAUUUUGCGUGUCUGUUUCCCCCAGAGACAUCGCACUGUUCCCGCCCACCAUGUUCUCCGCCGCUCGUCAAUCUGCCCUCAGCACAGCUCGCACACGGCUUCGGCCGUCGCAACCCACGGUCGUUCCCCAAUACUCCGCCCUCGCACGGUUAGCGUCGACGUUUGCCAUUCUCGAGCAGAAAGAAGGAAAGAUUGUGUCACAGUCAUUGGCCGCCAUCACAGCAGGGACAAAGCUUGGAGGCUCAAUAACAGCCUUCAUUGCUGGAAGUGGGGUCAAGUCGGCCGCAGAUGAGGCAGCCAAGUCAAAGGGCGUAGAGAAGGUCAUCUACGUCGAAAAUGGAGCAUACGACAGGUGUCUCCCCGAGAACUAUGCGCCACUCCUGGUUGAGAACAUCAAGAAGGGCGGAUACACACACGUCGUCGCUGGGCAUUCAGCGUUCGGAAAGAACAUAAUGCCGCGUGUCUCAGCACUUCUGGACACACAGCAAAUAUCAGACAUUACCGGUAUUGAGGGCGAGGACACAUUUGUUCGCCCAAUCUACGCCGGUAACGCCAUCAUGACCGUCCAAUCGUCCGACAGCACCAAAGUCAUCACCGUCCGAGGCACCGCAUUCCCCGCGCCUGAGACCGAAGGCGGAAACGCGACAGUAGAGGAGGGUGUCGACCCCAAGGCCGAAUGCUCAACAGAGUGGAUAUCUGAGGACCUCCAGAAGUCCGACCGUCCCGAUCUCGGCUCUGCAGAGAAGGUCGUCUCCGGCGGCCGUGGUCUAAAAUCAAAGGAAGAGUUUGACAAGCUCAUGCCACCGCUAGCAGACGCGCUCGGUGCCGCGAUUGGCGCAUCAAGAGCAGCAGUCGACAGCGGCUUUGCAGACAACAGCUUGCAAGUGGGUCAGACUGGAAAGAAUGUUGCGCCACAAUUAUACCUGUGUGCUGGUAUCUCCGGUGCCAUUCAGCAUCUGGCUGGUAUGAAGGACAGUAAGGUUAUUGCAGCCAUCAACAAAGAUGCCGAGGCACCCAUUUUCCAGGUCGCGGACGUCGGUCUUGUUGGAGAUCUUUUCGAAAAGGUCCCAGAGUUGACCGAGAAGCUCAAGUCGCAAUAAGCACAGAGCGCAUGGAUACCUGUUGUAUAUAGUUUGAACAGAAUAUCGAUCAAACAAGGAACGCAACUGCCACGAAGUCGACUACCAGGAGACACCCAGUGCUUUCUUAGAACCAUUGCGAAUCAUGGCAUGAAGCACGCAAGCACAUCCUGUGCUUUCCAGAGAAUCUCUGACUGCACGUGAAUUAUUAACCUUCUGAUCUCCAAGUAGCCUCGGACAUUCGCAGCUUGGCGUGCGUCAACGGCUGAUCGACGCCAGCACCCACCAUCCGUCUCCACUACGCCGCGAUAGCCGAGUAGUUGGAUCUGGCAUACUUGCUGGUGACC